AUGGCUCCUUCAACGCAAUUCGAAGUGUCGCAGCCGCCCAGUGACGUUAUCUCGGCCGUUGUCUUUGCUCCCGAUAAUACAAACCGCCUUCUCGUCUCUUCCUGGGACAGGAACAUCUACCUUUACGAGAUUGCCGAAGGAACUGAAGAUGCCACCCUACUCAACAAGUUCGAACACCGUGCUCCUGUCCUCGAUGUCUGCUUUGGUGCGAACGGAAACGAGGCCUACACGGCGGGUCUGGACAACUCGGUCAAGAGAAUCGACCUAUCUUCAGGAGAGCAGACCGUGCUGAGCACACAUGAGAAGCCCGUCCGAUGCGUCGUCUACAGCCCCCAGCACUCCAUGCUCAUCUCCGCCUCCUGGGACCACACCCUCCACGUCCACAACACCAACGCUCCGACCUCGACCCCGAUCACCAUCUCGCUUCCCGGAAAGCCGCACGCCCUGGCCGCCAGCCCCUCCAAAGUCGUCGUCGCCAUGACCGCGCGACUAGUACACAUCUACGACCUUCCCGCGCUCGCCGCGGCGCUCUCGUCGGCCGACCCCGCCUCAGCGACCAUCACCCCCUGGCAACAGCGCGAGUCCUCGCUCAAGUUCCUCACGCGCGCCGUGGCCUGCAUGCCCAACGACGCCGGCUACGCCACCAGCUCUAUUGAAGGCCGCGUGGCGGUCGAGUGGUUCGAGGACACGGCCGAGUCGCAGGCGCGCAAGUACGCCUUCAAGUGCCACCGGCAGACGGCACCCGAGGAGGAAGGUGGCGGCGACGUGGUCUACCCCGUCAAUGCACUUACGUUCCACCCCGUGUACGGCACGUUCGCUUCGGGUGGUGGUGACGGCACCGUGGCGCUGUGGGACGCCGAGGCCAAGCGCAGGAUGAGGCAGUAUCAGAAGUUCCCCGACAGCGUCGCGGCGCUGGCCUUCUCGAAUAACGGCAAGUAUCUUGUCAUUGGCGUGUGUCGCGGGUUCGAGACCGACAUGGAGGAUUUCAACAGCGAGGGGAGGACGAAGGUGUUUAUCAGGGAGCUGGGCGAGACGGAGGCGAAGGGCAAGGGUCCUAAGUGA